AUGAAUAUGAAACUUGCAAUAUUGCUUGUUCUUCUUAUAGCUGUUGCUCAAACAAGAAGAAUUAACUUUUUGGGACAUCGCCAAGAGAAUGAAACUGGAAAAGAAAGUGCAGAAGAGGGUCAUGGAAAUGGAGAAGAAAGUCACGGAAAUUAAGGAGAAGAGGGUCACAAUAAUGGAGAAGAAGAUUAAAACAAUGGAGGAGAAGAGAAUGGAUAAAGUGGGACAGGUGAUGAAGGUAAAAUUUUUAAUGAAAAUAGGAACUGAUAAUAAUGGUUCAUGUUCAACUGGUGGUAACACUGGGUAAUCAGGUUAUACUGGAGAAUCAGGUGAGCCAGUUGAGUAACAAACUUGUAAAGGUGUGAUAUUCGAUGCAGGAAGCUCAGGAACAAGAGUAUUUGUUUAUACUUGGCCUUGCAGAAUGUUUAAUUAUGCAAAUCCAGAGAUAGAAAUAACACAAAAGGUAUUUAAUUUACAUUUUUUUUAAGGUCCCUUCAGUCAAGGUUAACCCUGGAAUCUCUCAUUAUGGAGAUAACAUUUCUGGACUCAGAGAGUAUUUCUAACCUUUAUUGUAAUUUGCAAACGAACAUGUUGAAGAGGAGAUCAGACAUAGAACACCAAUUUUAUUAGGAGCUACAGCAGGCAUGAGAAUAUUAGAUUGGAGUUAAUAAUAUGAUGUUAUGGAGGAGAUUAGAAGUAUUUUAAGGGAGAGUGGAUAUCUUUUUGAGUCUUCAGAAUGGGCAAGAAUUAUAAGUGGAAAAGAUGAGGUAAAUUAAAAAAUAAAUUUUAGGGUGCUUAUUUAUGGUUGUCUGUCAAUUAUUUGAAAGGUUAUUUUUCUAGUAACAAUAUUGAUGAAUAAGGAAAAUUGGUUGAAAGUUAUACUACUAUUGAUAUUGGUGGUGCUAGUACUUAAUUGGCUGAUGAUAUCAAUGAAAAAGAUCAAUAUUACUUAACUUACGAUGAUGAAUAUUCAACAGAUUAUCAUACAUUUGAUACAUCUAUUUAUAAUAUUUCAUUGUACUCUCAUUCAUGGUUGUAUUUUGGAUAAGAUCAAGCUAGAAUUUAGAUAAAUAAUUUUUUACAUAAUUUACAUAAGAGAUCAUCAAGUUUUGAAAAUCCUUGUUAUCUUAAAGGAUAUAAAGAUAAAUUCAAUGAUAAUAUUGAAAUUGUUGGUAGUGGUAAUCCAAAUGAUUGUAAAGAUUUAAUUGAUUUAUAUUUACUUGGAUUCAAUAGCACAUGUGAUUAAUGUUCAAUUUAAGAAUCAUAUAUCCCUACAAUUAGAUCAGAUUCCAAAGUUUAUGCAGCAGGAGCAGCUGAUUUUGUAUCAAAAAUCUUUAAUGAUGAUAAUGAUUAUACUUGGACAUAAUUUGAAUAUUUUGAUGAAUCUUGCUCAAAGGAAUUUGACGAGAAUAAUAAAAAUAAAUAUUAUGCCACUGAAUGCUUUUUAGGACUCUAUGUUUAAGAAUUAUUAGCUAGUGGUUACAGAAUACCAUCUGAUACGUAUAAAUAUUUAAUUAUAUUCAUAGUUUGAUAGAAACUGGAAAGAUUAAUGAUUUAGAACCAUCAUGGACUUUAGCUGCAAUGUUUGAUUAAAUUGAUGAUAAUCAUGAGUGUACUGACAGUCCUCAUUGUAAUUUCAGAAAACAUUUGAAAUCAUGGAGAAAAGAUAGUUUCCAUCCUUCAAUGAAAGAACAUAAAGGUAAGGCUCCUUUAUCAAAUUUAAUGCCUUGA